AUGAAACUGUCUGUAAUUCCCACAGACUCUGAUGGGUACUCAGCUCGGCUCCUGAAGUCUGUGUCAAAUAAUGGGAAGAACAUGCUAUUUGUUGUUCCACUACAAGAGCAGCUUGCCGUUGAACCAUUACCCUUUGAUUCUGUGGAAUUUGCAAAGAUGCCACAGUCAACCUGUAUGAAAUGUUGCAGGAAAAUUCCACUGCCCUUGUUGCCCUUACACAUUGAGGAGUGCAAAAACACUCAAACUGAGUGUGAAACUGAUGUGACUGUUCUUGAUGAUGAUGAUGAAGAUGAUGAUAAAAAUGUGAGCGAAGCCGUUGACCAACCAAGCACACUCCAUACAGAUUCUGAACAAUCAUCCCAGAUUUGCCCCAUUUGCCAGAUGUCCUUCCCAACAGAUAUCUUGCAUUAUCAUGCAAGCAUGUGUGGUGAACGAGAGUUGAGUUUCAGUGGCAUCGAGACUCCAAGCACUUCAACAAGAGAUGAACUGCCAGGACCCUCAACUGCACAAUCACCCACAUCACUUUCAGCAGCAUGGAAAAAUGAAAUCGACCCUCAGAAAGCAUCUCGGAUGUUCUGUGAAGAAUUGCUUUCCCAAAGUGUACACUGUCCAGCUCUGUCACUACUCCUCAACCAAUUUGAUACUGAGGAUGAACAGGACAGUACACUGAUAUCAUUUUAUAAAAUGAACAGUGCUAAUUGGUCAGCUCCAUUGAAAUGUAGAUUGACAGGAGAUGCAGCUGUUGGCAAAGGAGUCAACCGUCAUGUUUUUUCAUUGAUUAUGCAAAAACUGAAAAGUGGCUUCACUUUAAAUUUGGGUUCUUCUGCCACAACCCUUUUCGAGGGGGAAAGAAACCACCGUGUUCCUUCUGCAUCUGUUGUACUACGUGACAGCAACCUGUUUCAAAUGGCGGGCCGAAUGAUAGGCCAUUCUUUCAUACAUGGAGGUCCUUGUCUUACUGGACUGAGUUUACCUGUGGUGAUCCUUCUUACUGGAGGGAGUGUGGACAGUGCAGCUUCAGUUCUGACGCUGGAGGAUUGCCCUGAUUUGGACCAUCGAGAAACCAUUAGUUUGGCAACUCAAGAAAACAGAUCUCACUGA